GCCGCUCUCGGGGCAGAGUAUUCUGUCUGAAUCUUGCUGACAGACAGCCACCUCUGUCAAAUUUCAGCUAUAGUUUCGUGGUUACUUCGUCGCCCUGCUUCAGUAGGUAGAGUCUUCUGGGAUUCUACAGUCACCUUGCUAUAAGAAGCAGAGUCUUUUGGGAUUCUAUAGUCACACUGCUACAGGAAGCAGCGUCUUCCGGGGUUCCGCAGUCACCCUGCUACAAGAAGCAGCCUUUCCUGAAGUGCAGGAGACAGAAUGACCUGUGAUCCUCCUCUUCACUGGCCAACAACACCACAGAAGAGAUUUCAACAGUCAUUCGCCUGCCGUCUAAUUUUUUUAUUAAUCGUGCCGCCUUCCUGUUGCUGGGGUCGCUUCCUGUAGCAUCUUUGCUGUAGAGUCUUCAGCUGGAUGUAGCAUUCAGCUUUCCACCCUCAGGAGUUUCUUUACAACAUUCGAUGUAUCUUAUGACCGCUGUGGGAGAGGUAUGGGUGUUGUAGUGGCUCACCGCACUCCGCCGAUAUCCCUUAUCUCUUACCAGUGCGGGCUUUCCCUGCCCCUGAUCAGUGCCCGCAACGAGUGUCAGUAGUGUGGCAAUCUGCACUCCUGCCUGAUGCUGCUGCUUACCUCCUCUCCUGUUUCGACUCGGUUGAUGGACCGACAUUAGUGAGGAUCUUUCUUUGGCUCAAAGAAAUUGAGAGUGAAGUCAGUUAUUAUCGUGUGGUGCUCAAACUGCGUUCCGGAUUAUAAACUCGGAGUGGAAGGCUAUGAUUUAGUGCGAGAGUGAAGACUUCCCGAGGUUAAAGCAGUAUUUAAUAGUGUUUACGUAAUGGAUGAUAUUCUGGACUCUAGAUGAGGACGUAGAGUACCUCUACGAUGAGCUGUAUUUGCGAGUCCACCUGGCGGGCUCUGUGCGCCAUUAAAGACGCCAUCACGGCCCCUUGUUCCUCUGGAGACGACGACCUACCCCUCGCCCCUUCAUCCAACAAUUCUAACGUCUCCGUCGCCUCUUCUAAUAUUAUCUUAGACGACCAAACUAUAGAUGGCGACUUGGGACUCACCAACUCUGGCUUCGAUAAUGACUCCUUCACAGCUACAGCUCUGGAAGAGAACCCGGCGACGAACUGGCGACCAGUGCUGCGACUGCGUGAUCCCGUGUCUGACGAACCCCACACGGACAGUGGCCACUGGACCAACCCUAACCUGUUUACCGAUGUUGACCUCGGCGAUGGUGGGGUAGCGGAGGCAGGGGACGCCGCUGGAGUGAGCAUUGCAAACAAACAAAGGACGGAUUCGCGAAGCACUACCCGGGAAUCCGGGUACGGACGCUCUCUGGAUGACAGCAACGCCUCUUCAUCUCCUGAACCCUCCGUAAGCGUGGAGUACCACGCCCCUCCGAACCCAGGCGUGUUCAAGGUGGUGGUUCAGAACGAGAAGAGAUGCUGGUUCGUGCUGCGGCGAUAUCAAGAGUUUCUCCUCCUACAGGAGGUAAUCAAAAGCAAGGUCCCUGACGCAGGUAUCAGCCUCCCGCCUGAACAGUCACUUGAUGACCUCCACUUAGACAACUUCAUCAAGGAGGUCAUGGUAGAGCCCAGGAUCGUCACUCUAGCUGAGGUCCGGGAGUUCCUACAGCUGGAUCGCUUCCGAGCGUCGACCAGCAGCAGUAGUGACCGCAGUAGCGGGUCGAACAAUGGCGUCGUGCUCGACCCCCGCUUUCUCCUGCCUCCAGGAGCCCCUCUUACUGCAAGGAAGCCUCUGGCUGUCAGGACGAAAGGUGCUAAGGGCGAGGUAGUCGAGGCCUCCAGCGAGGCCAAUCCUAUUGCUCAGACCAACAUCGAUCUCGGCUGCACCGAGAAAAAGUCGUUGACGCCGGCUGACUUCGAGUUCCUGAGCGUGGUCGGUAAAGGAAGCUUCGGACGAGUGAUGCUUGCCAGGUAUCUUCACGACCAGAAGGUCUACGCUGUCAAGGUGCUGGACAAGAGAUUGAUCGUCAGAAGGAACGAGACGGCGCACGUUCUGAGCGAGAGAUCUGUUUUGAUCAAGAUGCUGAACCAUCCAUACCUGGCGCAGCUUCACUUCGCCUUCACCACUACACACAAGAUAUUCUUCGUUCUCGACUACAUCAACGGGGGCGAGCUCUUCUUUCACCUACAACGAGAGAGAGUCUUUACGGAGGCCAGAGCCAGGUUCUACGCUGCUGAGAUGUGCUGCGCCCUCACCUACAUGCACAGUCAGGGGAUCGUAUACCGAGACCUAAAGCCUGAGAACAUCCUCCUGGAUGCCGCGGGUCACAUCGUACUGACAGACUUCGGGCUGUGUAAAGAAGGUCUCCAGUACUGCUCUUCGAAGACCGCUACAUUCUGCGGCACACCGGAGUACCUAGCUCCUGAGAUCCUCAAGAAACAGCUGUACUCGCGAGCUGUGGACUGGUGGACGCUGGGAGCCGUUCUGUACGAGAUGCUGUACGGCCUUCCGCCCUUCUACUCUCGUGACACGCCCACCAUGUACGACGCUAUUCUCAACAAGCCUCUCAAGCUCAAGAACACCGUCACAGAGAAGGCCAGAGACAUACUGAAAGGGCUCCUGCAGAAGGACCCCAGGAACCGCCUGGGCUCCAGUAUACGUGACGGGGAAGACAUCAAGAGCCAUGACUUCUUCAAGACCAUUGACUGGGACCUGGUGAGCAGGCGAGGCAUAUCUCCUCCCUUCGUCCCCACUGUGAACGGCGAGGCUGACACGAGAAACGUGGAUCCCAUGUUUACGAAGGAGGCGCUGCUGGGACACUCCCCGGCUCCAAGCGGUCUCUCCGCUUCCGUGCAGGCCGUAGACCACGUCUUCCAGGGCUUCAGCUACGCUCCUCCGCUGGAAAUCGAAACACAAUGAUGAGUUUUCUCAUCUCGAGGGGAAAAAAAUAUCCCGACUAUUUGAUUAGUCAAGGUUCCAGCCUUCGCUACUUUCGUUGAACGACCAGCAAGGUUUAGCAGGCGGAAGAUCGUACAUCUAGUGCAUUUUCACGUUGAAUGAUCCAUGUAGGUUUACCGCAUCACAUAACUAUAUUAAAUAAUAAUGGUGGCGCGAGAAUGAGUGAUCCGGUGAGUAAUGGUGGUCCUGUGAGGUCCUUGAGACGCAUGCUGUGGUCCGUGGGACGUAGGCUGUGAUCCCUGAGACGCAUGCUGUGGUCCGUGGGACGUAGGCUGUGAUCCCUGAGGACGCAUGCUGUGGUCCGUGGGACGUAGGCUGUGAUCCCUGAGACGCAUGCUGUGGUCCCUGGGACGUAGGCUGUGAUCCCUGAGGACGCAUGCUGUGGUCCGUGGGACGUAGGCUGUGAUCCCUGAGACGCAUGCUGUGGUCCGUGGGACGUAGGCUGUGAUCCCUGAGACGCAUGCUGUGGUCCGUGGGACGUAGGCUGUGAUCCCUGAGACGCAUGCUGUGGUCCGUGGGACGUAGGCUGUGAUCCCUGAGACGCAUGCUGUGGUCCGUGGGACGUAGGCUGUGAUCCCUGAGACGCAUGCUGUGGUCCGUGGGACGUAGACUGUGAUCCCUGAGACGCAUGCUGUGGUCCGUGGGACGUAGGCUGUGAUCCCUGAGACGCAUGCUGUGGUCCGUGGGACGUAGGCUGUGAUCCCUGAGACGCAUACUGUGGUGAACUCUAGCUCAUGUCCCAUCAAAGCAGAUAUCAAUUAAUCUUAUUAGGCCGGAGUGGUGUUAGUGGUCAGAGCUCUUAUAUUUGUGGUUCCCUUUCGUUUAUAUAUGACAGUGAAUGAUGCCGAAACAUAAGUCAGCAUGAGACUUAAUGAAGCUUUAAGUGUAACUGGAGAAAAAAAAGUCAGCUGGAAUAGUGAACGUUUUGCAAAGCAUAAUUUUCGUUGAAACUUGAGAGAGUUGAAUUAAAAUUUAUAGUAAAACCAAUUUUUUAAUGUAAUGCUGUUCACUGAAAUGACAAGAUGAAAGACCUCAUAAAUUAUGAAGUUGUGUGUAGAGGAGGUUUGUGGUGACCAUUACUGGAGAAGAAUGUUAUUGGUGUUGCUGCUUGUGUUGUUAUUGUUGUUGUUGCUGCCGCUGUCUCUGCUGCUACAGCAACAAUAACAAUGACAACAACUUCAACAACACGUACUGCUACUACUACCACUACUACAGUUAUGAUUGUUACUAGUAUUACUACUACAACUACUGCUGCUGCUACUACAUCUGCUACUACUGUUGCUAUGACUACUAUUACUGCUGCUACUACUCCUGAUGCGGCUGCUACUAUUAUUACAACAACUACUGUUACUACUGCUACUAAGACUACUUCUACUACGGCUGCUACCAUGACUACUACUACUACUACUACUACUACUACUACUACUACUACUGCUACUACUACUACCACCACCACCACUGCGACUACAAUGCGUGUGAUAUAAUGUACGAAAACCCUCGGAUGUGUCGUUAUAACCCUAUAACAAAGAGUAUUUUAUUUAAAAGAAACGAUAAACCUUUAUGGAGUCAUUCAGCGCAAGGUGUGAUGGAAGCUCGGUCCUCCGUCUGGUCAGCACCAAACAGUGUGGGUUCCUAGCCAAACCUAGUCAGUCGUCAGUCGGCCAGGAUCUCUGGAGCUGAAUACCUGAAGACCCGAUCUCACCUGCAGUCUAGGACACGUGAGAUCAGGAGAAAAACAUGAGAUUUUAAACUCGCAAGGGACAGAAAAAAGGUUGUGUGUGAGUAUGACAUACAUAUCAUGGGCUAGUAGGCCUACUGCAGUGUGUAGGUCAAGCCUAGCAUUAACCAGUAGGCCAACUGUAGCGUUGCUUCGAUGCGAUGUUCGUGUGCAGGACAUAAAAACUGGCUCAAACGAACACGUAUCAAAUGAUUACCUACCCAAAAGCUGGAGCUGCGGGACAUCAUACGUGUGACUAAAACCAGCGUCAGGAAACACUUGUUAUCUUUCCCGACACACCUUACCUAACCUAACCUAACAAAACUGGAGUUUUAUGGUGAGAGAAAACUGCAUACGACGUGAUUCACUCAAUCCAACCCUUGCAACCAGGUGGAAGUUUAGAAGAACGAGUGGUGAGCCUUCCCUGAUACUGUUAACCCAAUUACUGAAGCUUAAAGCUCUAUUUAUUGUGAAGUGUUGCUAAUGUCAGGCUGUUGCUAGUCCCAGGGUGUUGCUGCUCCCCAGGGUGUUGCUGCUCCACAGGGUGUUGCUGCUCCCAGGGUGUUGCUGUUCCCAGGGUGUUGCUAUUGAGAGGGUGUUGCUGCUCCCCAGGGUGUUGCUGCUCCCAAGGUGUUGCUGUUACCAGGGUGUUACUAUUCACAGGGUGUUGCUGCUCCCUGGGUGUUUGCUGCUCCCAGUAUCUUUUACCCUUGUGACUGUGAUAUAUAACAAACGAUGUAUUAAAAAGUGGCAUCAAAUUAGCAAUAUAAAACACUUUUCAAUCUAAAGAAUAACUCUUUAGGUGGAAACGUUGUUCAUCAGAGGUUUACUCUUCAGCGGGAAAGAGAUGAGUGAGCAAAUGGCCAAAAAUAAAGACAUUUAUUUUGGAGACGUUUUGGUCUUGGCACCCUUGAACACAGGUCACAAAUAGGAGACGUUUCUCUCUUACUGACCUACGUUUUUACACUGCUGGUUGUCCACCGUCUUCCCCUCCAUCCUUCACGGCACAGUACCUAAAUGUAAAUCAACAUACAUAUAUGCACACUUCAAAAUAUUUAUUGAGGAGACAUUUCACCACGAGUCGCUUCUUCAAGACUGGAAAAAUACUCGCAGAGAAACGUUUACCCCCCCCCCCUUAAUAAGUGUCUUGAACCUGUGUGUGUCUGUCUACUUACUGUACGUUUCACCCCCAUCUGUUCUCCCGACGAUGUUCUGCCCAAGCAGUGAGCUUUAUCAAGUCAAAAUUAUUAUUCUUUGGUACUUGGUAUAGAACCGUCAUUAUGUGAUGGUUGUGUACCAAGUCGAGGUGAAGACUCGGACAGUUUGCUGCUGCGGUGCCGUGAACCUCAGUGAUUAUCAGAGAACCGAACUUGAGUUUCCUCUUCCCCAAGACGUGUGAUAAUACAAUACGAUAAAAUGAAGCUUUGUGUAAAGAGAAAAUUAAUAAAAAGAUUCUUUUUUAUAAAAA